AUGAGGCUGAUGUGGAACUUAGUCUUUAUUGUCCUCCUAAGUUUUUCGUGCUGGGCACUAGACUGGGAAUCUGAUAGAAAUUUCAUUUCAGCUGCUGGUCCUUUAACCGAUGACUUGCUACACAACCCGAGCAACCUGGGAAACCAGAGUUCUAACUUUGCAGCGGGGAGCAAAGACAUUUAUGUUUGUCGUCAGCCACUGCCUGCCCCCCUGCCAGAGUACCUUAGUAGUAUUCAUGGCAGUAAGAUCACCCAUUAUAAAGUAUUUCUGCCCUGGGCACAACUUCUUCCAGCAGGAAGCUCCGAGAACCCAGAUACGAAAGUCGUGCAGUGCUACCGGCGACUCCUUGAGGCCAUCAGGGCUGCACAGCUUCAGCCCCUGGUCAUCUUGCAGGACCAGGCCCUCCCCACCGGCAUCAUCCAGAGAAGCGAAGUCUUUGCUGAUCUCUUUGCUGACUAUGCCACAUUCGCCUUCCAGUCUUUUGGGGACCUAGUUGAGGUCUGGUUCACUUUUAGUGACUUGGAGGAGGUGAUAAUGGAACUUCCCCACCAGGAGUCAAGAUCUGUACAUCUCCAGACCCUCACGGAUGCCCACAGAAAAGCCUAUGAGAUUUACCACGAAAAAUAUGCUUCUCAAGGAGGAAAGCUCUCUGUGGUCCUACGAGCUGAAGCGAUCUCAGAGCUCCUGCUAGAACCGUCCACAUCUUUGCUUGCCAAGGACGCGGUUGAUUUCCUCUCUCUUGAUUUGUCUUAUGAAUGCCAAAGCGAGGCAAGUUUGCUGCAGAAGCUGAGUAAAUUGCAGACUAUUGAGCCAAAAGUGAAAGUUUUCAUCUUCAAUUUAAAACUCCAGGACUGCCCCUCCACCAAGAAGAACCCAUCUAGGCUGCUCUUCAGCCUUUUCGAAGCCAUAAAUAAAGACCAAGUGCUCAUCAUUGGGUUUGAUAUUAAUAUAUUCCUGAGCUGUUCAUCAAAUUCCAAGAAAAGCCCAUCUUGUUCUCUGACUGACAGCUUGACCCUUCAGGCUGCCCGGAAGUGGGACCUCGAGACUGCAGUAGGCUCUUCGACGAGCUCGGCCUAUCAGACAGUAUGGGAAACAUUUGCUAACCAGUCCAGAGCAGAAAGGGAUGCUUUCCUGCAGGAUGUUUUUCCUGAAGGCUUCCUCUGGGGCGUCUCCACAGGAGCCUUUAAUGUGGAAGGAGGCUGGGCCGAGGAUGGAAGAGGGGCAAGUGUCUGGGACCGACUGGGGUCCCAGAAGGCUGCCAAGGGCCAAGCAACACCAGAGGUGGCCAGUGACAGUUACCACAAGGUGUACUCUGACGUUGCCCUUCUUCGUGGCCUCCAGGCUCAGGUCUACAAGUUCUCUAUCUCCUGGUCCCGUAUCUUCCCCACUGGGCAUGCGCACAGCCCCAGCCUUCAGGGUGUCGCCUACUACAACAAGCUCAUCGACAGCCUGCUAGACUCACACAUCAAGCCCAUGGCCACACUGUUCCACUGGGACCUGCCUCAGGCCCUGCAGGAUCUCGGUGGGUGGCAGAAUGAGAGCGUGGUGGAAGACUUCCUGGACUAUGCAGCCUUCUGCUUCUCCACCUUUGGGGACCGUGUGAAGCUGUGGGUAACCUUCCACGAGCCAUGGGUGAUGAGCUAUGCAGGCUAUGGCACCGGCCAACACGCACCGGGCAUCUCUGACCCAGGAGUGGCCUCUUUUAAGGUGGCUCACCUGGUCCUCAAGGCUCACGCCAGAGCUUGGCACUACUACAACAGCCGCCAUCGCCCACAGCAGCAGGGGCAUGUGGGCAUUGUGCUAAACUCAGACUGGGCUGAGCCCUUAUCCCCAGAGAGGCCCGAAGAUCUGAGAGCCACCGAACGCUUCUUGCACUUCAUGCUGGGCUGGUUUGCACAUCCCAUUUUUGUGGAUGGAGACUACCCGGCUACCUUGAGGGCCCAGAUCCAACGGAUGAACAGACAGUGCCCCAGUCCUGUGGCCCAGCUCCCUGAGUUCACUGAGGCAGAAAAGCAGCUUCUGAAAGGCUCCGCUGAUUUUCUGGGUCUGUCCCAUUACACGUCCCGCCUCAUCAGCAACGCUCAACAGGACACCUGCAUCCCCAGCUAUGAUACCAUCGGAGGCUUCUCACAGCAUGUGGACCCUGCAUGGCCCCAGACUUCCUCACCCUGGAUUCGUGUGGUACCCUGGGGCUUGAGGAGGCUGUUGCGGUUUGUAUCCUUGGAAUACACAAAAGGAAAAGUUCCAAUCUACCUGGCUGGGAAUGGCAUGCCCAUUGGGGAAAAUGAAAAUCUCUUUGAUGAUUCCUUGAGAGUAGACUACUUCACUCAAUAUAUCAAUGAAGUGCUCAAAGCUGUCAAGGAGGACUCAGUGGAUGUUCGAUCUUACAUUGCUCGUUCCCUUAUCGAUGGCUUUGAAGGACCCUCUGGUUACAGCCAGAGGUUUGGGCUGCAUCACGUCAACUUCAACGAUAGCAGCAAGCCAAGGACUCCCAGGAAAUCUGCCUAUUUUUUCACCAGAAUCAUUGAAAAGAAUGGUUUCCUCACCAAGGCAGUAAAAAAACUGCCACCACUCAGAACAGCAAACUUCUCCCCUAAAAUAGGAGCCUUCGCUUUUCCUUCGGAGGUGCCCUCUCAGGCUAAAGUAAUUUGGGAAAAGUUCUCCACCCAACCCAAGUUUGAAAGAGAUUUGUUCUACCACGGCACAUUCCGGGAUGACUUUCUGUGGGGUGUUUCUUCAUCAGCCUAUCAGAUCGAAGGAGCUUGGGAUGCCGAUGGCAAAGGCCCCAGCAUCUGGGAUAACUUUACCCACACACCAGGAAACAAUGUGGAAGACAAUGCCACUGGAGACAUAGCCUGUGACAGCUAUAAUCAAUUGGAUGCUGAUCUGAAUAUGCUGCGAGCUUUGAAGGUGAAGGCUUAUCACUUCUCUCUGUCCUGGUCUCGGAUUUUCCCAACUGGUAGAAACAGUUCUAUCAACAGACAUGGUGUUGAUUAUUACAACAGGCUGAUCAAUGGCUUGGUGGCAAGCAACAUCUCUCCCAUGGUGACUCUGUUCCACUGGGACCUGCCCCAGGCCCUCCAAGAUAUUGGAGGCUGGGAGAAUUCUUCCUUGAUUGAGUUGUUUAACAGCUAUGCAGACUUUUGUUUCCAGACGUUUGGUGACAGAGUCAAGUUCUGGAUGACCUUUAACAAGCCCACAUACCUGGCAUGGUUGAGUUACGGCUCAGGAGAUUUUCCCCCAAAUGUGAAUGAGUCAGGCUGGGCGCCUUACAGGAUUGGCCAUGCAGUCAUCAAAGCUCAUGCCAGAGUCUAUCACACCUACGAUGAGAGAUACAGGCAAGUUCAGAAGGGAGUCAUCUCUUUGAGCCUCAGUGCACCCUGGGCAGAGCCCAAGUCACCGAAGGUCCCAAGAGAAGUGGAGGCAGCUGACCGAAUGCUGCAGUUCUCACUGGGCUGGUUCGCCCACCCCAUUUUCCGAAACGGAGACUAUCCUGAUGCCAUGAAGUGGAAAGUGGGGAACAGGAGUGAACUACAACACUUAGCCACCUCUCGCCUGCCAAGUUUCACUGAGGAGGAGAAGAAGUACAUCAGGGCUACGGCCGACGUGUUUUGCCUCAACACCUACUCCUCCAAAAUUGUGUGGCAUAUAACACCCAGAUUAAACCCACCCUCCUACAAAGAUGACCAGGAGAUGACUGAGGAGGAGGACCCUUCAUGGCCUUCCACAGAAAUUAAUGGGGCUGCGCCCUGGGGAAUGCGAAGACUGCUCAACUGGAUCAAAGAAGAGUAUGGUGACAUCCCCAUUUACAUCACUGAGAAUGGAGCGGGACUGACAAAUCCGACAGUGGAAGACACCGAUAGGAUAUUUUACCACAAAACCUACAUCAAUGAAGCUUUGAAAGCCUACAGGCUCGACGGGGUAGACCUUCGAGGGUACGCCGUGAGGUCUCUGAUGGACAACUUUGAGUGGCUACAUGGUUACACAGUCAAGUUUGGACUGUACCAUGUGGACUUCAAUAAUGUGAACAGGCCUCGUACAGCAAGAGCCUCUGCCAGGUACUACACAGAGGUCAUCACUAACAACGGCAUGCCGCUGCCCAGGGAAGACGAGUUUCUCUAUGGUCGGUUUCCCGAGGGCUUCAUCUGGAGUGCAGCUUCCGCUGCCUAUCAGAUUGAAGGUGCAUGGAGAGCAGAUGGCAAGGGACUCAGUAUUUGGGACACAUAUUCUCACACACCACUGAGGGUUGAGAAUGACGACAUUGGAGACGUGGCUUGUGACAGUUAUCACAAGACUGCCGAGGAUGUGGUUGCCCUGCAGAACCUGGGCGUGUCCUACUAUCGCUUUUCCAUCUCUUGGUCUCGAAUCCUCCCUGAUGGAACCACCAAGUACAUCAGUGAAAAGGGCCUGGACUACUACGUGCAGCUCAUUGACGCACUGCUGGCUGCCAACAUCAAGCCCCAGGUGACCAUUUACCACUGGGACCUGCCCCAGGCACUCCAGGAUGUUGGAGGCUGGGAGAAUGAGACCACUGUACAGCGGUUUAAAGAGUAUGCAGAUGUGCUCUUCCGGAGGCUGGGGGACAAGGUGAAGUUUUGGAUCACGCUGAACGAGCCCUUUGUGAUUGCUUACAAAGGCUAUGGCUAUGGGACAGCAGCUCCAGGAAUCUCCUCCAGGCCUGGCACUGCCCCCUACAUUGCGGGCCACAAUCUAAUAAAGGCCCAUGCUGAGGCCUGGCAUCUGUACAAUGACGUGUACCGCGCCAGUCAAGGUGGCAUGAUUUCCAUCACCAUCAGUAGCGACUGGGCUGAGCCCAGAAACCCCUCCAACCAGGAGGACGUGGAGGCAGCCAGGAGAUAUGUUCAGUUUAUGGGAGGCUGGUUUGCCCACCCUAUUUUCAAGAAUGGAGAUUACAACGAAGCGAUGAAGACACGGGUCCGUGACAGGAGCUUGGCUGCAGGCCUCAGCAAGUCUCGGCUCCCGGAGUUCACGGAGAGUGAGAAGAGGAGGAUCAAUGGAACCUAUGACUUUUUUGGGUUCAAUCAUUAUACCACUGUCCUGGCCUACAACCUCGACUAUGACCCUUCGAUCUCUUCCUUUGAUGCAGACAGGGGAGUUGCCUCCAUCGCAGAUCGCUCUUGGCCAGACUCUGGCUCCUCCUGGCUGAAGAUAACACCUUUUGGCUUCAGGAGGAUCCUGAACUGGUUAAAGGAGGAGUACAACAAUCCUCCAAUUUAUGUAACAGAGAAUGGAAUGUCCCUACGGGGAGAAACAGACCUCAAUGACACUGCAAGAAUCUACUACCUCCGCAGUUACAUCAACGAGGCACUCAAAGCUGUUCGGGAUAACGUGGAUCUUCGAGGAUACACAGUUUGGAGUUUGAUGGACAACUUUGAAUGGGCUACAGGCUUUGCAGAGAGGUUUGGUCUACAUUCUGUGAACUACUCCGACCCAUCUCUGCGAAGGAUUCCCAGAGCAUCAGCCAAGUUGUAUGCCUCUAUCAUCCAGUGCAAUGGCUUCCCUGACCCUGCCACAGGGCCACACCCCUGUCUCCAGUCAGAAGAUGCUGGACCCACCAUCAGCCCUGUGAGAGAGGAGAAAGUUCACUUCCUGGGACUAACACUAGGUUCAACACAAGCCCAGGCAGCUUUGUACACACUCUUUUCUCUUGUGCUUUCUGGAGUCUGUGGUGUGGCAUUACUGUCAUACAAGUACUGUAAGCACUCCAAGCAAGGGAAAACACAAGCAAGCCAACAGGAAUUGAGACCUAUUUCUUCAUUCUAAGUCAUGUUACCACCUUCUCCAGUUCCGUGAAAUAAGCCUAGUCUCUCUGUAUACCUUUGUUGCCCACAAAACUUAGGAUCUUACAUCCUACCUAUGCCAGACUUCUUCCUAAAGGCCUUCUGCACUGUUAGAGACUACUUUAAUCUUGAAGGAUUUCAAGUCCCUGAUUAAAAGAAAUAUCUGCAUCUUG